UUCACCCCGACGGGACCAAGUUUGCAACUGGAGGACAAGGGCAGGACUCUGGGAAGGUUGUGAUCUGGAAUAUGUCGCCAGUCCUCCAGGAGGAUGACGAGAAGGAUGAAAAUAUUCCCAAGAUGCUUUGCCAGAUGGACAAUCACUUAGGUACUACAGAGUGGCCCUUUGCAGGCUUUGCGUGUUGGCAGCGUGCCCAAGGUUAGCACGUGUGUUUGUAAUUAGAGAGAUAAGGCCCCGUGCGGCGGUCACCCCUCGGCCUGCCGUCCGAAGGCACAGAUGUUGGCUGCACACCUGGGUGAGUUAUUCGGCAGAAGACUCGGCCCGCCCACAGAACCACCUUUGGACAGUCUGCAGCGUGUGUGAACUGUGUGCGGUGGUCAAACAGUGGGAUGUACUUAGCUUCUGGGGGAGAUGACAGACUGAUUAUGGUGUGGAAGCGGGCGACGUACAUCGGCCCCAGCACCGUGUUUGGCUCCACGGGUAAGCUUGCCAACGUGGAGCAGUGGCGCUGCGUCUCCAUCCUCCGGAGCCACUCGGGCGAUGUGAUGGACGUGGCGUGGUCGCCCCACGACGCCUGGCUGGCCUCAUGCAGCGUGGACAACACCGUGGUCAUCUGGAACGCGGUCAAGUUCCCAGAAAUCCUGGCAACCCUGAGAGGCCAUUCGGGCCUGGUGAAAGGGCUGACUUGGGACCCGGUGGGGAAGUACAUCGCCUCGCAGGCCGACGACCGCAGCCUGAAGGUGUGGAGGACGCUGGACUGGCAGCUGGAGACGAGCAUCACCAAGCCCUUCGACGAGUGUGGAGGCACGACGCACGUGCUGCGGCUCAGCUGGUCGCCCGACGGGCACUACCUGGUGUCGGCCCACGCCAUGAACAACUCGGGCCCCACCGCCCAGAUCAUCGAGCGCGAGGGCUGGAGGACCAACAUGGACUUCGUGGGGCACCGCAAGGCUGUGACCGUCGUGAAGUUCAACCCUAAAAUCUUCAAAAAGAAGCAGAAGAACGGGAGCUCGGCGAAGCCCAGCUGCCCCUACUGCUGCUGUGCCGUUGGCAGCAAGGACCGCUCGCUCUCCGUCUGGCUCACGUGUCUGAAGCGGCCUCUGGUUGUCAUCCACGAGCUCUUCGACAAGUCCAUCAUGGACAUCUCCUGGACGCUGAACGGGCUGGGCAUCCUGGUGUGCUCCAUGGAUGGCUCGGUGGCGUUCCUCGACUUCUCCCAGGAUGAGCUCGGAGACCCCCUGAGCGAGGAGGAGAAGAGCCGCAUCCACCAGUCCACCUACGGGAAGAGCCUGGCUAUCAUGACCGAGGCCCAGCUCUCCACAGCCGUCAUCGAGAACCCCGAGAUGCUCAAGUACCAGCGGCGGCAGCAGCAGCAGCAGCUGGAUCACAAGACUGCUGUGACCAGAGAGACGGGCUCCACCGCCUCCGUCACGGGCGUGGUCAAUGGGGAGAGUCUGGAGGACAUCCGGAAGAAUCUUCUAAAGAAACAAGUGGAGACGCGGACGGCGGACGGUCGGAGACGGAUCACACCGCUCUGCAUUGCGCAGCUCGACACCGGGGACUUCUCCACGGCCUUCUUCAACAGCAUCCCGCUCUCCGGGCCCCUGGCGGGCACCAUGCUUUCCUCUCCCAGCAACCCACAGCUGCUGCCCCUGGAGCCCGGCACCCCCAACUCCUUCGGAGCCGCGAAACCCUCCACAGAGCCGGUGGCGGCGGCCGGCGCUAAGCCCGCAGGCGAAUCUGCCGGUAAAGACAGCGUGAACACUGCCUCUGCUCCCGCCGCACCCUCGCCCUCCGUGCUGAGCACCCCGGCCAAGAUCGAGCCCAUGAGAGCGUUCGACUCCCGGUUCACAGAGCGAUCCAAGGCCACGCCGGGCACUCCCGCCUCGGCCACCGUGGCUCCCGUGGCUGUCGAGAGGCUGAAGGAGCAGAGCCUCGUGAGGGAGGCGCGGCUCCGGGACCCCCUGGAGAGCAGCAGUGACAGCGACGACAAGGUCCCGCUGCCCAAGUCCUCCUCUCUGUCCAAGCGGAAGCUCGAGCUCGAGGCAGAGACCGUCGAGAAGAAGAAGAAGGGGCGGCCGCGGAAGGACUCACGCCUCGUGCCCCUGCCCCUGUCCGUCCAGUCUCCGGCUGCCCUGACUGUGGAGAAGGACGCCUUUUGUCUGUCUGCACCAGCACUUGCCCUGAAGCUGCCGAUUCCAGGCCCCCAGCGAGCAUUCACCCUGCAGGUGAGCUCGGACCCCUCCAUGUACAUCGAAGUGGAGAACGAAGCCACGGUCCUGGGGGCCCUGAAGCUGAGCCGCUUGAAGUGCAACCGAGAAGGGAAGGAGUGGGAGACGGUGCUCACCAGCAGGAUCCUCACCGCCGCCGGCAGCUGUGACGUGGUGUGCGUCGCCUGUGAGAAGAGGACGCUGUCGGUGUUCUCCGCCUGCGGGCGCCGCCUCCUGCCCCCCAUCCUGCUGCCGUCCCCCAUCUCCACCCUGCACUGCACGGGCCCCUUCGUCAUGGCGCUCACGGCCGCCGCCACGCUCUCGGUCUGGGAUGUCCACAAGCAGGUGGUGGUGGUGAAGGAAGUGUCUCUGCACUCCGUCCUGGCAGGAAGCGACAUGACGGUGUCACAGAUCCUGCUGACGCAGCACGGGAUCCCGGUGAUGAACCUGUCCGACGGGAAGGCCUACUGCUUCAACCCCUCCCUCUCCACGUGGAACCUGGUUUCGGACAAGCAGGACUCGCUGGCCCAGUGCGCGGACUUCCGGAGCAGCCUGCCCUCCCAGGAUGCCAUGCUGUGCUCAGGGCCCCUGGCCAUCAUCCAAGGCCGCACCCCCAACUCCGGGAGGCAGGCCGCCCGGCUCUUCUCCCUGCCUCACGUGGCGCAGCAGGAGGCCACCCUGGCCUACCUGGAGAGCCAGGUUGCAGCCGCUCUCAGCCUGCAGUCCAGCCACGAGUACCGCCACUGGCUCCUCGUCUAUGCACGGUACCUGGUGAGCGAAGGGUUUGAAUACCGACUACGAGAAAUAUGCAAAGACUUACUGGGCCCGGUCCACUACUCCACUGGGAGCCAGUGGGAGUCCACGGUAGUGGGUCUGCGGAAGAGGGAGCUGCUGAAGGAGCUGCUGCCGGUCAUCGGACAGAACCUCCGCUUCCAGCGCCUCUUCACCGAGUGCCAGGAGCAGCUUGACAUCCUGAGGGACAAGUAGCCCAGCCCAGCUGCCCCGACUGCAGCCAGGACGGGGCCGUGCCGUUGCCGCUGCCCAUGCCCAGGCCACCUGCCACCUGGCCGGGCCUCGGGAGGAGGAGACCGUGGCAGGCGUGCCGUCUGGCCCCUGGGUGGGCCUCUCCCGUGUGCUGGGUCUCACGUUCCCUCCGACGGGGGCCGCUCUGCCCGCUGCCCGGCCCUCCCUCAGGGACCCGUGUGGCGCUGAGGCGGGGGCUCUGCCCUGCCGCCCAGGGGUCAGUGCAGUGCUUCCGAGCCUGCGGCCGCCAGCACAACCCCAAGGAGGACGCUAGCCCUGCCGCCGAGCAGGCCACCUGCGAGGGAGAGCCCUGGACGUGAGCAUCGUGCCGGCCGCCGGCCGACCCGAGACCUGCCUAGAACGAAAGGCAGUUCCAACACACAGACUAUUUUUGUACUAGAAUUUGCUAACUUGUAAUAUGGAAUUUUCCUUUUGUCCAAUAAUCAGGAUUUCCCUAUAAGUCACUGGGACAUUGGUCGCUUGUAGGAAAUUUAAACUCUAAUUAUGACAGCUACAUUGAAGAAUAAUUGUACUGAAAUCAACUUGUCUAUCUUCAUUUGGCUUUAAUUUUUAAAUGUUUGUAAAAAGAGACUGUUUUGGGGGAUGGGGCAGAGGGGGUGGGCAGUUUCUUUUGUGAGU